ACAUGACUGGUAGUACCCAAGGGGGAAAUAACGAGCCGGCGGCAGGGAGCCCCGAGUACGAACUCGUCAAUCUUAGACGCGAGAGCUAAGCCUAAGCAAGGCAGAUGGCUGAGUUGCAGAAUACGAUUAACCAACUCAUAGGUCAACUAAUGGCCACCCCGAACGAGAGACCACUCAAGAAGCCGAAAAUGGCAACCCCAGAAAAGUACGAUGGAAGUCGCACCAAGUUGCGGACAUUCCUUACCAACAUCGACUUGUAUUGUGAAUUCAACGAAGUACCCAACGACUAGAAAAAGAUCCUCAUGGCCAGCACCC